AUGGCGGCGCCGCCGUUGGAGCUGGUUGACGACGUCAUCCCCGAGAUCCUCCUUCGCCUGCCGCCGGACGAGCCCAAAUGGCUCUUCCGCGCGGCCGUCGCCCGCAAGCCGUGGCUCCGCACCAUCUCCGACCCCACCUUCCUCCACCGCUACCGCGCCUUCCACGGAGCCCCUCCCCUCCUCGGGCUUAUCGACAGGGAACCACUAAUCGACCGGGUUCCCCGCUUCGUCGCACCACAGCAGUGA